AUGGCUCCUGACCUAAAGAACAACAAAAUUCUGGCAACAGAGCACGCGGAGCAUCAAACCGGCUUCACGAUUGAAACCAAAGAUGGAGGACAUGUCGGCAAAGCAGACGAGAUGCUCGUCGAAGUUGCCGCCGAAGCGACAAACUUCGAGCAUGAGCUCUCCGUCCGUGAGGCCUUGAAGAUCUAUUGGCGAGGAGUGAUAUUCACCACGAUCAUCACACUCACGAUCGUGAUGCGCGUGUAUGACAUUGUCAUCAUCAACAGCUUCUUCGCGCUCCCGGCCUUCCGCAACAAAUUCGGGGUCGAAGUAGCAGGCAACGGGCAUCAGAUCACGGCUCCCUGGCAGGCUGCGCUGGGCAACGCCAGCCUCGUCGGCCAAGUGAUCGGGGCCUUUGCCGUCGCAUACCCGAUGGAAUGGAUCGGACGGAAGUGGACUUUGAUGAUUUCUCUCUUGGGUACCACAGCCUUGACAUUCAUGCAAUUCUUCGCCCCCUCAAUCGAGGUCCUAACCGCCUCGGAGUACCUAUCCGGCGUCAUUUGGGGCUUCUACCAAGUCCUCAUCCCGACGUACUCGUCUGAGAUGCUGCCCACGGCGUUGCGGCCGUACCUGGCCGGCGGCAUCAAUCUGGGCUACUGCAUUGGCAACCUCAUCCUCGCCGGAGUGGUUAAAUCGUUUGACGACUGGACAACUGUCUGGGGCUACCGGAUCCCUUUCGCCAUCCAGUGGAUUUGGCCCGUAAUGGUACUGCCCGCUUUGGUCUUCACGCCAGAAAGUCCCUGGUGGCUGGUACGCCACGAACGGCUUGAUGAAGCCGAAAAGGCCCUCCGCCGCCUGAGCAGCGACUCGCCGCGCAUCGACGUGCGCAGAACCAUCGCCCUGAUGCAGAAGACCAUCCUGUAUGAGAAGAGGAUCGAGACGGGCUCCACCGUCUGGCAAUGCUUCAAGGGCGCCAGUGCGCGCCGCACCGAGAUCGUCAUCAUGAUCUUCUUCUGCCAGGACUUCGCGGGUUUCGCGACCAACAACGCGUAUUUCUUCGAGCAGCUGAACCUGAGCACGCAAAAAGCGUUCGACAUCGCGAUUGGGAACUCCGCCAUCGGCCUCGCGGCAGCCAUGUUCUCGGCCCUGCUGAUCCGGUACCUCCACCGACGACCCAUUUUCGUGGUUGGCAUGGGCCUUAUCGUCAUCUAUCAGUUCCUCGUCGCGAUCCUGAACUGCGCGCCCAAUUACCACAACCGCCCCGCCCUCUCAUGGGCCCAGGUCGGCAUCACCAUGGUCUCGACCGCGACGUUCCAAGCCACCAUCGGACCCCUAGCGUACAUCCUGCUCACAGAAGUCCCCUCGGCACGCCUACGCGCCAAGACCGUCGGCGUGGCCAUCGCUGUCGACGCGUGCUGCGGCAUCGUCACUUCCACUGUCCAGCCGUAUCUCAUUAACCCUGGCAGUGCCAAUCUGGGCGGCAAGGCAAACUUCGUCUGGGGCAGUCUAUCCGUCAUCAGCUUCGUGUGGUGUUUCUUUCGGUUGCCCGAGACGAAGUAUCGGACGGUGGAGGAGAUUGAUUAUUUGUUUGAGCAUCGCGUUAAGGCGAAGGAAUUCAAGGGGUAUACGAUUGGUGCAGAGACGCUGAAGAAUAACCUGACGGAGUAG